CCAUGCGGUGCGUAGCACGGAGGUCUGAUCAGGAACGGGAGCUGCGUUAAAAAGUGAGACCGAUGUCGGGUGCCGAGAAACUAUCGGCUACGGUGUCGAAGAAACCCCGGUAGCUCGAAGGAAUUCGGCUAGUUCGACCAGUUCAUUAGCGGUGUGAGUUCAAAUGUGAGAAUUUCGCGUCCCGUGGGAGUACAUUCCGGUGAAGCUGAUCGUUUCAUCGUCACGGUUGAUACUGUGACCUGUAGAUCCUGGAAAAUCGUGAUGUAAUCGAAGUCUCAGACUGGUUCGGUUGCUUUCUUUGUCUGCUGGGACGAGCACUGUGAACGGCGCGUGCUUAAAAUCCCCACCGUCUGUGCUCUCUACCCCUUUUUCACUGUGGUCGCUGCUAGCGUUUGUCCGUGUCACUUCGUGGCGUGGUAAAAUAACGAACGGAAGGGUUUCGCUGCAAGUUCUGGAAACUGACCGCCAUGCGGAAGGUGACACGGUGGCUUCAGCCGGAACGAUGCCACUCCGAUCGGUAGCGAAUGUCGGGUGUCCAGAGUUUUAAUGGAGCUACGUAGGUGAUACUCGUGACACUCGCUUCGAACGUACUCCAAACGUUGAAGUUUUAAGAAAUAUCGAACUGUACACACGAUCAGUGCCUUGUAAUAUUGAGGAAUCUGUGACCUUAGUCGAACGACGAAAGUUGCUUACCAGUGCCUUACACAAUAUCGAAUACAGAUGAAUCGAUAUGUAACAAGUGUUAAAACGUGAACGAUGGUUAUUCGUAUCGUUAUAGUUCGUUAAGGUCGUUUAGACUUCGCUGUUCGAAGUCGUUCAAGUGCUUUCCUUGUAAAUAGAAGCAUUCAACUGGUGCUAUACGAUUCCUUAUGAAAUAUUGUGAUAACACGACUCAGAGAUCUCGAUUCGGAACGUUGAAGAGGUGGAUGAAGAAUAGUCGAUUCGAUUUUUCUUGCUUCAAUUCUGUCCGAAAUCGACGACAGUCCGGAGAUAUCCCGACGAAUAAUUUCCAAGGAGUCGACGACCGUCGCGGAGAAGAAUAGACGGUGACCUCAUGCUUUACUUAAGCCGUUGUGACCGACAACGAGACAAUUGGAUCUUGGUUCGGGUCAUCAGCUUCGUCGUUUGGUAGAGAAAGAGCCCAUGGUCUAUCGAAACCUUCCGAGAGAUCGUAACAAUCAAAAACUUAUCAUUAAUAAAAAAAAAAAACAAUUCAUCAGUCAUUGAACACACGCUGUUGUACCUGCUAAACUGUAAGAAUCCCUAAAGUAUUUAAGCGACCCCAGUGAAGGUACAAAACUUCGUUACAAAUCUGUGCAUAAACCGUUCCAUUUAAGUUUACCAUCCAAGUGAUAUUACAAAAGAAUACAAGUAUCAUUGACAAUCAACUUUGAUGAUCACCAGCAAGAUAUUCCGACCCAGAUCUAAACGUCAAAUCGAACAGCCUGACCAUCUGUGUCGAUGAUCAUCCUUGUCAUCGAGGGGAGACCGCGUUUUAUUUAUAAGUCCACCAAUUAGAUUUGUCCUCGAAAGGCAUUAGAGUCGAUAAACAACUGGUCGACUUUGCUAUUCUCACGACACAAAUUAACUUUGGCGAUCGCUGCGAUAGAUCGCUCGUUUCAUAUCGCGAGUUAAAUAUUUCAUCUCGACGUAUAUCGGUAGUUUGUUAUUUUAUUGAAUGACAGAAUCUAGCCCGGCGCGAUCAACAUGACUACCAUGGGUGUCACUGUGUUCUGCAACAGGGUGCAGAUCAACAGCAACGAUCAGGAGCAACUGAUGUUGCUUAGGACGUUGCAGGACAACGAGAGCAACAUAAUCGGCAAUCAGCCUCACCUGAUAGUAGCGAAGAAUAAUAACAACAGUAACCCCAGCCCGUCGAUCGUUCUACCACCUUACGACCCAUCCAGACUGAAGAAACACGGGAAGAACGGUCAACCGCCGCCGGUCGCCGUUGCCCGUAGGAACGCCCGCGAGAGGAAUCGCGUUAAACAGGUGAACAAUGGUUUCGCGACUUUGAGACAGCAUAUUCCCAGUCACAUCGCUGCCGGUUACGGGGACCGUGGCAAGAAACUGUCGAAAGUGGAAACCCUGAGAAUGGCCGUGGAGUACAUUAGGGGACUUCAAAGGUUGCUCGCCGAAGCUGACGGGGUUGAAUACGAUUCGAAUGCCGGUGCCGCACAGUGUAUCCCUUCUCCCACCAGCAGCGUAGUUUCGUCGAGUCACAACGGAUCCGGCGAGCGACUUAUCCUUGAGGACGAUGUUCUUGCCGUCGAGGAGGAGGACGGCGAGCAAUUGGAGGAGGAGGAUGAUAAUGGGAAGCAGAAAGCUACGUCUAGAUUGUCACCUAAUCGAACAGCUGUUACGUCCCCGCGUGAUUAUUACGCAUCCUCGGUGGGCGACGAAGAGAACCUCGAACCGAGGACCGUACCGAACCCACAGAAUUUCUCGAGGCUAUCCCCGAACUCGGCGGCAUCGCCACCCUCGGAGUAUUACGGGCAAAACGAGGAGAACCUGGAACCUCAGAUCCUGUCCCCGUACAGUGGCGCCGGGGACAGUGAAGAGGGUGCAGCCACUGUUUACGCGGCGAGUCCGGAAACCUUUUCCGGGGCUCUUUAUUAUAAGCAGGAGAUCACCGAAUCCGGUGAAUUCAUGGACGUCGUCAGCUGGUGGGAACAGGAGCAGGGCAGGCUGGUUCAUCAGCAACACGCCCAACGCCUCACGCACGUCUAACAAAAGAGUCCACACAGAACCUUGAACGCAAAACUCACCGGAGUGAUCUCACAAAACAGGAACGAAUAGUUGCUUCCAAAUAAAAUUUCCAUCGAUUUCAAGUAACGAUAUCGUUCGUUAAAGCAGCAGGAUAUCGAAACCUGUACUUACGCACAAAGUACUUCGUUAUAUGUAGACAGCACUGCCUACAACGUCUUUCUUCUUCAACUUCGUCUACCAACUGAUGUACACAUGUCGAUCCAAGAAAUUAUUGACAAAAUAUUUUUAUUUCAAAAUUAUUUCUAAAGUAACUGCACUAAUCUAUCUGCUUAGCCCUUUUGCUGCGAAUUACGAAUCUGCAAACUACCUUACGAAUCUUGAGAAUUGUACUUAUAACUGAUACUAUUAAACGUAACCUGUUAUUCAGGAAAAUUGUAUUUAUAGAUCUGUCUAUUAAAAAGCAGAAUUAACGUCGAAUUAUAAUAGAAUAAGAUAAAUAAUUUACUGAUCAAAUUCUGAAGACUACUUUAUAAUUAACAAUAAGAAACAGCUAAUGUCGCAGCUAAAGGGUUAAAUUAUCUUGCACCAACUUCUCUUGUCAGUAAAUGCAUUAGGUUCCUCGUGUCUUUCACUUGAAUAACGAGUUAAUUCGUUUUCUCCAAUUAACAUACUAAGAUACUCGUUAUAUGAUACCUGUAAUUGAAUCGCGAGAAAAUUAUAAGUGUUAAAUGGAUUAAAUUAAAUUUAGAGUAACUAGAUUUGUAAAAAUAUUAUUGGAAGAUAUAAAGGAACUGGAACUUCAAAACUGUUAAAAAUAUAUCAACAGAAAAAUGCAUAAGUUUGCUUAUCUUUUAAAAUAAUUAUUAUAACAAACUCGUAACAAUUCUUCCUUGUGAUUCAAUGUCAGUAAACAUUUAAUACUUGUUAAGAUUUUGAUACCAAAAGUAACACACAGCUUAAUAAUUAUAAAAAGUAAAAGUAACAAAAAGAAAAAAUAGUAUUUCUUUUAAUAAAAUUUUAAGGUAUCUACGAACAAGAGAUUUUGUAAAUAUCUUAAAAUCAAAAAGAUAAUUAGUUUCGAAAAUAAACAUUACACAUUUGAAACAUAGUUUAAAGACAAGAGGCAGUGUCUUCUCGUUGACGUUUAACAAAUUUUUAAAAAUAAGCAAUAAAUUUAUACGUGGAAGUGAUACAAUCUCACUUAUCCAAAAUUAUAAAUUCUUUAUCUUCCUUGUAUUAACGUUAUUCGAAUAAAUAUCAAAAGGCAAUAUAAGAUAUUAAAAUGUAAAAUGAACAAAAUCAAAGUGUUUGUACAUAAGUACAUACGUAAGUGCCUUAAGUAACGUUAAGAUCAAUCUAAUUAAACUGAUAUAAACCUAUUUUUUCUACUUGAUAACUUUUUUGUAAUGAAUAUUUAAGGAACAUUUUUCGCUAUUUAUACGUACAAUGUCGUCCAUUAAACAAUUAGGAAAUAAUGCAAAAGCAAUACGCUUCGAGGAAUGUAAUUUCGCGUGCCAACGAGAAAGAAAAUGUUAUCCGUAUUAAUUGUAUUAUUAUUUAAUCAAUUAACGACUAAGAUGUCGGUCAGUACAUGUUAAGUUAAGGGAUACGCAAAUCUAGACGAAAAAUUGUACAGCAUCGAGCAUAGUAGACUUCCCCUUCCCGCAACUCACACUUCUUCCCAUAGGUGGCUAAGGGGAAACUGACGAAACUAAGGGUGGGCAUCCUUUGAGAGGGUGGUAGCAGGGUUAAUUUUGAACAACUUUUUCCUUUACCAAAAUGCUUGUUAAGGCUUAGUUUUUGAAUUAGUGAUGAAAAAUACUAGAACGCUCAUGAUGCGCAGGCGCAGCUGCGGGAGUGUCGGCUACAAACCGACGCGGUGUCGAGUAGUUGGUUCGCAGCUACGCUCGAGCGCGGUUCUCUCCAACACUCCCGCCGCUCUAGUUGGUUAGUGCUUUUCAUUAAUAAUUCAAAAACUAAGCAUUAACGAGCAUUUUGGUAAAGGAAAAAGUUGUUCAGAAUUACCCCAGCUACCACCCUCCUAAUGGGGGUGGCCAUCCACCACUUGCGUACAAAUGUUUAUGCUGAUGAACUUGAUUUGAUAUUUAUUUUAUUAAUCAUAUUUUUUAAUUAUAUAUUAAAUUUUAUAUUUAAUAAUUAAAAAUUAUAUUAUUGUGUUUCUAAAUCACUUUUAAUAUCAAUAUCGUCAAAAUUAGGAUUUUGAGGAUUCUUGCUUCCCCUAUAUCGUCAUUUUCCCUAUAGAAAUCUACUUUGCUCGGUACUGUACAAAUCUAUGGUUCUCAAUCGUUCAGUAUUAGGAGUACGUAAUCAGAAACGAAUUACUUAAAUCAAAACUGUAUGAUCUUGUUAAAAAUUCUACAUCGACUUUUUCAAUUAACUGUGUCUUAAUUAUAGAGAUGGUGGUAGUAAUAUGGAAUACUCAUUUUGGUUCAUGUUCUACAAAAUCUCAGAAUAAUUGAAAAUAUUUCAGUAAAGUUUCCAUAGCUGUAAUUAUUGUAUAUAGCUGAAAAUUGUGACGACCCAUAUUACUACCACCCCUCUUUCAUUAGCCUAAUGUACUUGAUUAUUUCUAUUAAUUUAAUCAAACGCGAAUUUAGUAAGUUAACGAUGUAAUUAUGUUCUCUCGGAAUUUAAUUGUUUAAAAAAUUUUAAUAUAGAAACGUUUAUGCGAUCAUGAAGGGGAGAAAAUUACAUACGAGUCGUAAAUUAUUCGACAAACUCGUUCGAAAUAUUGAAUAAAACUUUGUAAAUACAAGUGCCUUGAUUAUAUCUAUAAUGAACGUUUUUUUAUUACUUGUAUCUUCUGUAACAAUUUUUACGAAAU